CAAAAAGGUUACGUAGACAUCAAAUAAUAGGACAUUUUCUCUACUUUUAGUUUCUCUAAGCAUGUUUUGUCAUAAAAUUAACCCGAAAGGAAAAGCCAUUAUUUUGCACCAAAUGACUGGACUAUUUUCAAAAACAAAAAAAGUCCGUGCUUUUAAGCGAUUUUGUGAAAAAAGCACCAUUGGCAGGAUAUGUCCCCAUAAUAAUAAUUGAUGCUUACUGUCCGUGUUGCAUAUCUUUUCUUAAAGGUUACAUCUGUCAUCCGCUUUGCACUGGAGGGAAGUCGAAAUGAACUUCAAAAUAUUUGUUCUUCUGAUUAAUUUCGUUGCGGGUCCAAUGACAGUUAACUUUCCUUCACUGGUUAGGGUUUUUAACGGCGGUCAAGCUGUAGACCUCCAGGGCUUGUCUUGAAACUGUUUUUCAGCGGAGACCUUAUUGAUCUAGGCCUUCUAUCGUGACUUGACGUCAUCCUUAUGUAAAAUAAAUACAGUAAAUUCUGUAAAUUACACAUUUAUUUCCCUAAUUAUUAUUUCCUUAACUCGCCAGUUCACGGCAUACUGCUCGCUGAACAAGUUCACAAUGUGGAAAAUUAUCGUGUCUCUGUCAAUGUGCAUUUGUGUAAAAAUAAGCUGUGCUAAGUUAAAAUGUGAUGUCAAAGAAAUUAUAGAUUUACAAAACAAAACAUUCGUGCCUGAUAAAGAUGACUUCUGCAAAGAUAAAAUUUGUGUUUUUCGUUUGUGUGUAAAGUCUAACUCUAUGCUAGUUAACACAGUAUGUACGACUUACGAUGACGCUAGUAAGAAGUUAAACAGGACAGUGAAUCCAUUCCCAUGGAAUAAAAUACACGAUUUAACAAAAACCCCGUCGAAUGAAGUUAAAUCUAACAUUAGUUAUAUCCGAGUCAAAAAUUUUAACAAGUUGAUAAAGGACAAAUGUCUGACGGAUUUUUUUGUUGAUCCUGCACAUCUGUUGGAGGACGGAUCAGUGUUAAUUGGAGAUGACCGAAUAGAACCUGGCAACUUCAUUGUAGAAUACAAAACAUCACAGCGAAAAGACGGGACAUGGACGGAGCCCAUGCUGAAGGUCAGAUUACUAACAGAAGAAGAAGAAGACUUCACGUCAAAUAUGUGUAAAGCCAUAGUAAUGAUAAUAUCCUGCUUCUUCAUGGCCCUGGUCAUAGUAAUAUAUUCAAUGUUCAAGAAGCUCCGUAGCUCGCAAUAUGGAAAAAUACUACUGGCUUAUGUAGCAUGUUUGACAGCAACCUUUUCGCUGAAGGCCGUCCAGCUAUUGGGAUUGAUGCUUAAAACUUUUGAAAGCACCGCAUGUAAAAUUUUCAGCGAGGGGCUUUUAUACGCGUUUUUGGCCUGUUUUUUUUGGUCGAACGUGAUGUCCUAUAAAGUUUGGAGAGCUGUAAGGUCCAAUUAUCAGCAAGUGACAACACAGCCGCACAAAUUUCUCCAGGCUUGUCUAUAUGGAUUCGGCAUGCCUUUACUCAUGCUAGUCGGUGCCGUGCUCAUUGAAGAAUUAAACCCUAAAUUUAUCAAAAUAAAACCGAAAUUCGAUGACUGCAUGCAUUCAGAAAAAGCUACAUUAUAUUACCUGUACGUUCCCGUUACGAUAAUGUUAUGUAUCAACGUGAUAUUCUAUUUGAUGACGCUGUAUUCUCUUUAUAUGAAAAAAAAGGACAGCAAUAACACUUUUUCCGGUCCAGAGAGCAAGAAUACGAAGCAAAAUAAAAACAUGUAUAUUAUUUAUGCUAAGCUCUCACUGUUGACCGGCCUCAACUGGAUCGUGGACGUUAUUGGGGCGUAUGUGGAUCUUUCCAGAACCAUGGAUCUUAUUUUGGAUUUCAGUAACAUCAUUUUAGGGAUCAUACUUUUCAUUACCUGCGUAUGCCAAAAGAGUGUUCUGAGACUACUUUGUAAGAGGUUUAAUAUCAGCAUUCGUUGCCUGAAGUCCCAGGCGCAGGAAUCUUCAAUGGAUAGCACUAACAUAAGAAAAUCUAGUAGUCAAAGGAAUAGGCAGGCAUGAAUUUAAGAGCAUGAGCGUUGUUAUUUAUUUUCAUGACGUGUUAUCUGUAAAUUACUUAUUUAUAAGCAAUCAGUCUGAUCAAUGUAUUAUUAUCAUUUAAUUUUUUACCAUUAAUAUUAAAUUUAACUUGCAAGGCUUAUAAAUUCUGUGUUUACAUGAAUUAAUCACUUAAAAUUAAGUUAAAAAGUUGCCUACCUACUUAACAAAUACCUUAAUCAUUUGUAAGUGAGAUAUGGAAAUAAUAAUGUAGAUUUAUUCAUAAUAAAGUAGAAUAUUAGGUAAAAUAAUAUCUUAUUUUUCUGUCUCUACCCUACACUAAUGCUGUAAACGCAGCAUUAUUUUAAGGCGAGCACACGGCAUGCUACUUUUUCGGCGAUUAUGUAGUCGCAUUAUUUUCAUUGUGUUCUAUUAUUAAGUAUUAUUUUACCUAGGUAUCAUUAAACACUUUUCAUUGUGUUCGAUCAACUUGGGGGUGGAGUGGUGGAACACUAGUGACCUGGAUACGAGUUUUUCCUACCUUUAUCAGACACCAGCUCAGAUCAUAGAAGGAUUUGGUUCCAACGAGACUCAAUUUCAACGGGAGACAUUUUCAAUCAGACACAUUCCCACGUGGACACAUCAAUUAUUGUAUCAUCAGUUAAAUUUUUUAAUGAAAAAAAUAAAAUGUGUUAAUUGUCAUGGGUAUGUAUUCGUCUGCCGUUUGGUGUAGUGGUUCAGAACGGACUACUAUGCCGAGAGGUCCCGGGUUCGAUUCUCGGCCAGGCAGAAAUUGAAAUGAUGCAUUUUAAUUUCUGUGACCGGUCUGGGUGUUAGACUAUCUAUACUUAUAAUAAAUCUGUACAGAGGUCAAU